AUGACAGUCAUCGAUCCCAAGACCCAGCAAACGUUGGCUAACGGACCAAGCAAGCCAAACGGCAGGCUAGGUGAAGACGACCUCGCCGUCCUGGCUCUACGCAAUUUCAUUUUCGACAUCUGCAACCAGAACGGCGGUGGUCAUGGCGGUUCUGCAAUUGGAAUGGCUGCCAUCGGCGUUGCUCUUUACAAGUAUGUGAUGCGAUACAACCCCUCGAACCCAGAGUGGUUUGACCGCGAUCGCUUUGUGCUUUCGAAUGGGCACACUGCCAUGUUUCUAUACGCCCUGAACCAUCUAACCGGGUUCGACAACUGGACUAUGGAUGAAAUAAAGGGAUACGGCAGUGCAAAAACAAACGGGUACAAGACUAUCUGCCACGCCCAUCCCGAGAUCGAGGUCCCAGGGGUCGAAGUUACAACUGGCCCGCUAGGCCAGGGCAUUGCCAACGCGGUUGGUCUUGCCAUUGCGUCCAAGAACAUGCAGGCAAAGUUCAACCGACCAGGCUUUGAUCUGCUUCAGUCUCGGAUUUAUUGCAUGACUGGCGACGGAUGUCUCAUGGAGGGUGUUGCUCUCGAGGCUAUAUCUUUGGCUGGUAAUCUGGGACUGGACAACCUGGUCUUGAUCUACGACAAUAAUCAAGUUACGUGCGAUGGUCCCCUCGACUGGAUCAACACUGAGGAUGUCAACGCAAAGAUGCGCGCGAGUGGAUGGCAUGUCCUGGAAGUUGACGACGGCUCCUACGAUGUUCAAAAGAUCGUGACCUCGCUGAAAUAUGCAAAGACCUUGACCAAAAAGCCCACCUUCGUCAAUAUCCACACAGUAAUUGGCCUUGGGACGGAAGUGGCUGGCACGUAUAAAGCACACCAUGGCGCAAUUGACAAAGCCAGCAUUGAGAUUUCAAAACGCCUUGCCGGUCAGGAUCCUGCUGUAACGCAUGAGAUUCCCCCCCAGCAAUUGGCAUAUUUCAGGGAGAGGAAAGCCCAAGGUGAGAAACUAGAGAAAGACUGGGAUGCUUUGGUGGACGCCUACGGGAAUCAACACCGAGAGUUACUACAGGAGCUCAACACUCGUCGCAGUGGUGCUUAUGGAACCCAAUGGCUCCAGACUCUCAAUGAGCUAGACACAACUCAAUUCAAAGGAAUGGCGACCCGAGAGGUCAAUGGCGUUGUGAUUGAGAAGCUUUGGGCCCAGUAUCCCGCCCUGUGCGGCGGCGGUGCAGACCUUGUCAACUCCAACAAAGUCCCUUAUGCCGACGCAGACGUAUUCCACCCUUCUGUUGGAUAUACCGGUCGCUACAUACGGAAUGGUAUUCGAGAGCACGCAAUGGCUGCUGUGGCAAAUGGGCUGGCAGCGUACAAUCCAGGAACAUUCCUCCCGUUGACAGCGACAUUCCUGAUGUUCUAUCUUUACGCCGCCCCUGGCGUCCGAAUGGGCGCACUCAGCCAUCUCCCAGUCAUCCACUGCGCAACCCACGACUCCUUCGCCGAAGGUCAGAACGGCCAAACACACCAGCCCGUCGAAGUCGACUCGCUCUACCGCGCAAUGCCCAAUCUAACAUAUAUCCGCCCCUGCGACGCGGAAGAGACCAUCGGCGCCUGGAUCCUCGCCCUAUCCAAGCGCACUGGACCAACGAUGCUCUCCCUGGGUAGGGACCCCGUCGGGCCCGUCCCGAGAACAGAUCGGUUCAAGAUCGCAAAGGGCGCAUAUGUGGUUAUAGAGGGAGAAAAUGCAAAGCUUACACUAGCCAGCUGUGGAACGAAUCUCCACUACGCUGUUGCAGCUGCUGAGUCUCUUACUGCCUCAGGAAUUACUACUCGGGUGGUGAGUGCGCCUAGCUUUGAGCACUUCGACCAGCAGGACAGAAAGUAUCAGGCCAGUGUUUUUCCGCUAGAUGGCACACCGGUGGUCAGUGUCGAGGAGUACGUUGCAACUACAUGGGCGCGGUAUACCACAGCUAGCAUUGGGAUGACUGGCUUUGGCUACUCGGCUUCCAACCCUAGCAACUAUGACCGGUUUGGGCUGGAUGCAAAGGGAAUUGAAAAGAAAGUCCGUAAGUAUCUGGGUGAACUGGGAGGUGGGAAUGCUAGAAUGGCGGGAUGGAGACAGCUUUGA